AUGAUUGACAACAAUGACAGCGAACCAACAACCAACGCCGACCUACCCAUCACCCACCAUCUACCAGUCAAGCCUAGUUUCUGGCUGGUCAACAUUAACACUAUAGUCACCGAAUUCCAUGCAACCAACCUCCUCUCUCUUCUCACAACAUUCAUUCAACACUAUUUCCUGCCUCCUCAACAACCAUUACUCCCCAAUCACACUGACCUAUUUGAUGCCUACAAACAUCUAUCCAUUUGCUUACCCGACCUUCCUUCCACUGGCCAUAUCAACUUCCUCCAGCACAUUCGUGCUGUACCAAUCAUCCCUGGAUCUCAGCAAGACUCUCCGGCAACCUUCGACAUUGUUUUAGUUAGGACUGAGGGCAAGGAGAGGAAUCAAGCUACCAAGGGGACUUACUUAGAAGGACUUUGGGUAGCACAAGUGCACAUGUUCUUUGCACUCCCUGAUCACCUUUGUCAUGACCAAUCCAUCCCCAAAUGCCUCGCCUACGUCGAGUGGUUCAACCCACUUCGAGCUCCUGAUCCUGACUCUGGCCUCUACUCUGUUUCUCGCUUGCUCAGUUGUGGUCUCCCUGUGGCUGAUGUUGUACCCAUCUGUGAUAUUGUCCAAGCUGCUACCUCAUUCCGAAGUUUGGCACCAAGUUCUCCCCUGCUAAAUGGACUCACCUUGAAAUCAUUGACAAUUGGAAACAUUUUUCUCUCAACAAGUACAUCAACCUAUCUACAUUUUACAAGCACCAAGAUCUUCAGUGACUAA